AUGUACUACAUAUCUCAGAGAAGGGGCUUCGAGGAUGCGACGGCACUGGGCGAAUCACCUGAUUCUUACAGUGUCCGCGAAGCAGCUGAUGACAGUGUCCGAGCUAAUGUUGGUACAUCGUCUGUUACGGUAAUAAUGAUGUCUAUGACCAAUCCAGUACUUGACUGGUUGAUUCCUCUGAACGAGACACGUUCAAGGCAAGGAGUGUUUGACGCUGCACUUCCUUUUGACCAAACUGAACACUUUUACUCUGUUUUACUCUACGCUACCCUUACAGGAAUCUUCGCUAACGAUUUGAAUUCGAUGUAUUCACCGUUUCUUUUUAUCACAGUUGUCUUUAAUGUAGGACUUUUGAGUACUUCGGGACUGGGGGUGCUAACUAAACUAAAGGAACCGGAUACAUUCAUUAAAUAUAUAGCGUACACUGUUGGCGUUUUCCUUCAUUUCUACAGCGUAGCUUUACCUGCUCAAAAACUAUUAGAUCACAGUGGUGACGUUUCAUUUAAUGCAUAUGAUAUUUGCUGGUAUAAUAUGCCUUCAAAAUCAAAGAGAACAAUAUUAUUGUUAAUACAGAGAAGUCAAGAACCUUGCAAACUAACGGCUGGAAAGUUUUACAACAUGGAUAUGGAAACUUUUUCUGCGGGAGUCAUCUCCAUGUUGAAGAGAAGUUUACAAGAUGUCGAACUCACCUGCACUUAUACACUGUCACAUUGACAUAAUGCUAAAGGA